AUGAUUGCGGAAUUCCGAAAAUUUCAGUGGGUUCGAGUAGAGCAGGUCAGCUUGAAAAGCGCGCAUCCUAUGACCUUCGGUGACAAGAGCAUCAUGACAUUUCCAUCUGCAUGCGUGACCCAAAUAGAAUUUGAAAGUCUCCUCGCUGCUGCGUCCGUUGGAAGAGGUUUUGCCCAGGCUUCUGUGACUUCAACAUGCGUUAAAGCGUGCGACGCUGUUGCCAAGCUGUAUCCUGAUCAGGUUAUUACUUCGUCCUCGUCAGCUUUCAAGCAUGCCCAGCUUGAAUAUUGGAAUGGUCCUCAAAGGAACACUGCACCGGCCUGUUUCUUCCAGCCAACCAGCGCAAACCAAGUUCAGGCCGCCAUGAAGGAAGUUACAAAAGUCCAAUGUCCCUUUUCCAUCAAAGGUAACGGACACUCUUCCAACUUCGGUGGUUCGAGCAUCGAAGGCGGAUUCCAGUUUGAUCUUGUUAACAUUGCGCAUCAUAACAUUGUAAGCAAUGGCAGAUCCGUGAAGAUCGGACCAGGUAAUCGAUGGGGACCCCUCUUCUCCUUUUUGGAAGAGCAUGGUUUGACAGUUGCUGGCGGGCGCGAUUCUGGUGUUGGCGUAUCUGGGUUCACAUUCGGCGGCGGUAUAUCUUAUUUGGCGGCUCAGCGCGGAUGGGGGGCUGACCAAUUGAUAUCAACCGACCUAGUGCUGGCGAACGGUACUUUGAUAACUGUUGAUAGCGCAUCCCAUCCUGACCUCCAUAAAGCUCUCCAAGGUGGUGGUGCUCAGAACUUUGGUAUAGUGACAAGCAUGACCUUGAAAGCCUUCCAAUUUGGUGGCAUGUGGGGUGGGAUAAAGGUUACCACCGCAGACAAGUUUGAACAUGUUUUCAACGCUUAUGACGUUUUUGCGAAAAAGGCACCAGAGGAUGAAAAGGCACAUAUGUUCAUGGACUUUGCCAGGGUUAAUGGCACAUUGAUUGUGGCUCAGUACAUGUGCUACGCUGAGCCUGUCAAUGACCCCAUGAUCUUUGAUGACUUUCGUCCUAUACCGGCUGUAAUCGACACUUUACGGAUGGCGAACCACUCAGAGUUUGCUAAGGAAAUGGAGCAAAUCACCGAUACGAGAGGAAGACGUAACCUUUACUGGACCCGGACAUUCAGCUUCGAUAUUGAGUUGCUCAAGUCUAUCUACGGACUCUGGGUCAAGAUAAGUGACUCGUAUGCAGAUCGACUGACAGCUGCUCUGGACGCUCAGCUUAUCUACCCCAAGAUGCGCAAAGACUCAAGCGCUGGCAGCCUUUUUGGACUGGACGACUCCGAUGACGUGCUACAGCUGAUUGUGCUUAGUAUCAUUUGGGAAGAUGAAGCUGAUGAUGAGGAAGCCGUCAAGAUUGUUCGAGGGCUUGACGCGGAGAUCGACAUACUCGUGAAAGUGCGUGGGAAGCACCGCGAGUUCAAGUAUAUGAACUACGGGCACAAUGAGCAAGAUAUCAUUACAGGUUACGGUCAGAAAAGUAAAGCGUUCUUGAAGAGGGUUGCUUCGCAGUAUGAUCCAGAUGGUGUGUUUCAGAAACUCCGGCUGGGCGGAUUCAAGAUCGACAACAAUGCAGAUAAUACCCUAGGUCAUGGAAGUCACGAUGAAUUAUAG